UCGGCAUUGACCUACAAGGAUCCAUCACCUCUCCCCUCAAUCUCGAUCAACUCCCGUCAACAAUACAACGCAACUCACCCUCUCAAUUCAAUUGGUAAAACCUCACAAAAUUAUAGAAACUACAAAAUAUUCAUGCCGCAAGUCCUAUCAAACGGCAUUGGCCGACAUCUGCAACAUCUCCCUUCCUCAAAGGUCCCUUUGUCGCCGAUCAACACCCUGCAAUGGGCCAAUUCGCUUCCUCAUUGGCUGCGACAAAAGGUCCUGGUAAUAAUCUGGCAUACAAUGCACGUGGGGUUCUUUGACGAUACAGAUCGCUGCUUAUCAGCGUUACCACCUUGUCUGCUCCGUACACAACUGCUUCAUCUGUCGACUUUGUCCGACACUAGGGAGGAUAAACAUUUCACUUGCCUCCCACGUGUAUUUUGUAGUGGGAUAUAAGUAUCGCUUGUAUUUCUCGUAAACACUAUUCGGUUUCGUCGGUCAAUCUUAAUUAUGAGCUUCAAAAUGACGUUCAUCAAGGCCCUCAUUCCCCUUGCGCUUUACCUUGCUGGAGUGCAGGCAAAGUCUUGCUCUGCUGGUGGUAAGCCCACUGCUGAGUUUUGCUCGAAGGAUCUUCCUCUGUCAUGUCACAACACUACCGCUGUUGAAGACACUUGCUGCUUCAUCCCCGCUGGCCAGCUUCUUCAGACUCAGUUCUGGGAUAGCGACCCCGUAGCAGGACCUCAUGACUCAUGGACCAUUCACGGUCUCUGGCCUGAUUACUGCGAUGGCACAUAUCCCCAGUUUUGCGACAAGUCCCGCGAGUACACCAACAUCAAGGACCUCGUAACCAAGUUCCUCGGCAAAAAGACCGUGUCCUACAUGGACAAGUACUGGGUCAGCCAAGACGGCAACGACGAAUCUCUCUGGGAGCACGAGUUCAACAAGCACGGCACAUGCAUCAGCACCCUUGAGCCAAGCUGCUACACCAACUACGAGACCGGCGCUGAAGCCGCCGAUUACGUCAAGAAGACCAUCUCACUGUUCAAGACCCUUCCUACCUACAAGUGGCUCGCCGAGGCUGGCAUCAAGCCUUCCAAGACAAAGACUUACACUGCUGAUGAGAUUGUGGAUGCUUUGGCGGAACACCAUGGUGCCCGUGUCACCAUCGGAUGCUCUAAUGGCUCCUUGAGCGAGGUUUGGUACCAUUUCAAUGUAAAGGGCUCACUCCAGGAUGGCCAGUUUGUGUCUAGUGAGCCUGAUGGAAGCAAGAGCUCUUGCCCGGACAGCGGUAUCAAGUAUGCCCCUAAGAAGUAGGCAACAAACAUAUCUUUGGGGCCUGUAAAAUGAGAAUGAAUACGUAUUCUGAAUAGGCUAUGAUGACAAUUAAAAUAAAUCUAUAUUAUUAUUAGGGCCGCGUGAACGUUGACUCAUCCUAUCUAAAACGUUGCCUCGUAAUACUUUCGUAUCCUGUCACAUUCCUCCAUCAACUCUCGGUCACAAUUAGCCUUGAUGGCCUCCUCCCAUAUGGCCUUUUCAAGAUCGUAUCCAGCAACGUCUUUGAUCUUGUCCACAUCGUCUCCCCAAAGUCGCGAUAGAGUCCCGUCAGGACGCUCAGGUACUAGGUCUUCCAGUACCUGACUUGGAUGCCUAGUAUCGAAUUUGACUCUGUUGAGAUGGGCAAACAUUGUACUCGUAAUGUUGACUUCGUCCUCGGUUAUCCUUAGCUUUUGUUUCCUUGUAGAUACCGUUGUUUGAUUUCGUCCUUUCUGUGUUUGUAGCUUCCAGUCUUGCUCAGGAUCAGCCUGCCAGAUACCGCUCCCCCAGUUGAUUUUCUCAUCGGUAAUGAGCUUAGCUGGCUUGGUGACCUGCCAGUAGGGGUUGCCUAGAACCAACGCGCUCUGCAUGAAAGUCUCCUUGUCGCCUGAUCCCCAAGCACCCUGCGAAUGAAGUUGAUAGUAGAACCUUGGCCCGUAAAAGUUGUAGUAUGCCGCGAGCAAGAGACUGUCUGCAUGCCUCGCUUUGUUGUACAGCAUAACACCUGACUCUGAACUUCUGGAGUCGAUGGUGACAUUGGGCAUCUUGGCUCCGGCAAUCUUGUAGAAGAGAGGCGAUAUCGUUGGCAGCCAAAAGUCGGGCCAGGUCACAAGUCCACGACUUUUAUACGGCUCCACGGUGAGGAGAUGAUCAGGAUUUCGAAUAGGAAAGGCAUCGGAGUCGAGGAAUAAGAUAUCUUGAAAGCUGGAGAAGAUAAUCGACAAAGGCUUGUACUGAUACUUUUCAAUCGUUGGUUGCUUAAUGGAUGUCGUAUCAGGCAACUUGAGGAAAUCGUCCAUGUUCAAACAUUGCACCUGCAAACUGGAAAGUGUCUUGUUGCACUGUUCAUGCUCCGCUUCGGUUGCCGAGUCAAGAAACAGCUGGACGGGUAAACGUGAUCCAACAUGUCGUAGCAUCCGCACGGCUGUCGCUGCAACGCCAACUGCUGAUCCUUUGGCAGUGAUGACAAUGCCCUUGGUGUUGCGUUUGAAAGGGACUUUUGGAGCCAAGUGUCGAAGGCUUUGCAUAAACCUUGCAUGAUUCUCUUUCAAUGACUCGGCUUCCUCAUCAGAUACCUCCAACCAGUCCGUGUGUAUCUGCGCCUCUGAGCCAUGGGGAUCAAACUUGUCGCGCGAUAGAGAAUUAGGCGGUUUGAUCUUAUCACCAUGAGGUUCCGCCGCAUAAAAUUCCUCAACAAGGUUCUCCCAGAAUUUCGUUGUCUGCUCAGUCGGUCCAGUAAAUUGAGGCCUGCUCGUAGAGAUGGGGUUUGGAUUUGGCGGGGUUGAAGAGUCGGAUUGAGUUUGGUUAGUUUGGGUGAGGCUUGGUGAGGAGACUCUUUUGUACGCGACUGAGAGAUCUGCCCAGAAUUCCCAAAGCGUGAGGGCGCAGAUGAAACAGAUGAAAACGCCAAGAAUUUUGACGAGGCGAUGGCGCGCGGUUACGACGCUGACCCAUUUCCCGCUUUUGGAGGCGUCAUCGCGCCAAGACCGGAGCAUCGCGAUGGUUGAGGACUUGACUUUGACGAUGGUGUUGAUUGUUGGGAUACCAAUUGAUGGCUGAGUGAUAUCAGUAGGAGAAAGUGAGUGAGUGGAGGCUCGAGACCAGCGCGAUAUCGUUAUUUGCUGUUAAUUAACGAGUAUCGUCGAAAUUGGAGCUUGUCGAGUUUCUUGGCAACGUUGAACAAUUGUCGUUGCGCAUGGUCAAUUCGUGUCAAAAACCCCCCUUUCUUGCGUCGGAUGAUGUUUGAGAAGGGUCCAGGAGUAGAUUCGUAACGUUUUGAGACGCCUUUUGAGGGUUUUGUCGUAAACUUUGUAGGAGAUCAACCAGUCAUGGAGCAACAGCUCAAGAGAAUCAUGUGAUUUGAAUCAUGGUAUAUUCAUCAAAACAAACAAGUGAGAAACAAUGAAGAAGGCAGAUGAGAGACGUGAAACGUUGCUGACAGUCAGAUCAAAA